AUGGCCCACCACGUUCAUGGGAGACGGUCAGCCAGCGACAAAUGGCCGCCUUCACUACCAGAUCAGCAAGAAACUCUGGUAGACAAGACAUUUGUGUUCAGCGCCGAUGAGCUUAUUGCUUCGACGUUAGUUGGACGAGGCAGCUUGCUUCACAAGCCUGGCAGGCUGGUAACGCUCAAGACUCGUAGCUCAGACUCUGAUGAGAAUACAAGUGCAGAAGCUGGUGGUGGUAUCAGAGUCGUGAGCACUCCUGGUCGCUUCUUUGGUGAGAGGGACUGGACACGCUCUACAGUCAAGCGUAAACAGGACCAUGCCUCAUUAGAUGCCGAUUUUGAUGAUCAUUCUGGGCAUAACCAUCGUCAGCGACACAGGCAUCGUCAAGUCAAGAAAUGGCUGGAAGAUGAUGAGCCGCGCGAUGACGGUCCGCAUCGUGCCAAACCGGGUAGACGAUCACUUGGCCAUGGACGGCCGGUGAUAGGAAGAGCUGGUGAUGCUGACAAGCGACCUCGGGCUCCAUCUGGAGGGUCUCGUUAUGCGUCUUCUGGUACACAGACAGCUGCUGGAUCAGCAUCGCCUUCUGCUGGUGACAGACCUGUACUCCCUGGGCAGACCGGAGGGGACAAGCCUGGGACGAUUGGUUCUGGUGGUCCACCUACCAGCUUGCCCACCACAGCUCCAACGGGAGGAAGCGGGCAGGCACCAAGCGGAGUAUUGCCUCCAUUCACGGCAGGAGACCCAAGACUGACAAGUCCUCCUGCUGGCCCUGCGGCUCCUCCAGCGUCGGUUGGGCAAAAUAUCCCACCACCAUCCUCAGUCCCAGGCAUCCCAGCUGUUCAGCAUCCUGGAGAUGUCGCAACUCUACCUGUGGCUGCUCCGGUAUUGAGUGAGCCAAAGGUCUUGCCACCAACUUCAGCUCCUGCUGUCCCAGCCGUGACACCCAUCACAAACCCAGCUGUGCCUCCUCCAGUGUCGAGUGAGCCCAAGGUUCUACCACCAGCCUCAGCCCCAAGCGGCUCUGCUGCUGUACCCAUCACGAACCCAGUGACAAGCGCGCCAGGCUUGCCUCCCCCACCGCAACAGCUCAUUCCCCUCAAAGACCAAUACAUGCUCGCAGCGACUGGUCAAUCAACUCAGAUCCGCAGUGCAACGCCAGGUAUCAGCGCUGGUACCGUCCCGUCUGACCACAUCGUCUUCUCAACUCCGGACACCGGCACUCAAGCAUUUCUGACUUCGUCUGGACCCAUUAUCUUUGAGACUUCCUUGGAAGCGAUCAAGGCUAACAUCAGCGAGUUUCCGCUGUCGUUGAGCGAUCCUUUGAGACGAGAUUUUGGUGCAGCUUGGAAACUUGACGAAAAUGCAUCUUAUCUUCAGAAUGCGGAUGUCAACUUGAAACUUGGCUCGGAUGGCAAAUCUCUCGAAAUGACCGGUUUCAGGGUCAAGGUAUCCAAAGAUGCAAACAGCGCUCCGCUUGUGUUCUCUACUGAUGCGAAAGUGCUCAACGACGAGUUUGAGACGGGCUUCUUCCACACCUCAAAAGACAUCAGUAUUACCACUCGUACUGGUAUUGAUCGGUACCCAGGCCAUCUACUUCUGGGUCUGGAAGUCAGUCCUUCCAAUGGUGGAUUCGAGAAUCUUGCCGACCUUUGUGCAGUGGCCCAUAUCAACCCCAAGCCUUGGCUCAAGAUGUUGCUUAAAGAAACCACAAUCAAAUUUGGUGCUUUAGCUGGUACGCCAGCCCGCAACGCGAUGUGGUAUAUUCCAGGUCCAGGAUCUAAAUGUUGUGUUCGACUUGAGGCCUCUGUCAAUCUCGACGGCAAAAUUGGGAGUUUGCUGAACAAAUACCUCUCUGGUUGGAAUGAUCACAUCCCUCCCAUGUCUGUUGUUGCCAAGAGGACUGUAUCACCAUCCUCUGGUCCUUGGGGAGAUGCCUUCACUCUCGGAGAGCUCACUAUCGCUGCGGAGCCAGACAUCAAGGGCGAGAAGCGUGCGAUGGGCAUGUAUGCGACGAUAGGAGAAGAUCACAUCAAUGUGUUCUUCGUCUGCUACUCGAAAGCGCUUCAGUGGGGAGCACUCAAAGAGUGGAUCAAGAAGAGCUGUACCGAAGUAGGUACUGCCCUUGACGACUUGGAGAAGGUUCUUCUCAAUACCGGUCAUCAAUCCAAGGCCCAAAAUACCAGCACGUCUCAUAUAUAUUGGAGAAGGGUGACUGUCACUCUUCUGAACAACCCGAACGGCGGUACAACUCUUGCCGGCAUGCGUCUUGAGCUCGAAGCUUCUAUGCAAGUGCUUGUUCCCGAGGACAAGCAUUCAGUCUUCACAAUGGAAUUCACGUGGACGAAAGGCACUGGCGAAUUCUCAGGCGAGUGCGAGUUUAGUGGUAUUGGCAAUGUAAUGGGACAAGGGAAUCCUCCGCUGCAGUACUAUCUUGACUACGAGCGAUGGGAACAGUUCUCCUACCUUGAUCCAUCAGAACCAUACAUGUCGCUACGUUACCUCGACAGUAGCUUGGUUCACCAUCUGCCGUUUGGUGUACCUACUGAGAUCACAAAGGCUGAUCUAUAUGUCUCUAAUAAGAGCUUGCGCGUCAGUGGCCGUCUUGAAGCUUUGAUUGGGAAACCAACAGAGAGUUCGGCCGUCUCAGACCCAUCGAAGAUACCGUCUCUACAGAUCGAGCAUACUAUGCUGGGCUUCGAAGUCAACUACUUCUUCGAUUCCAAGAUUUUCAAUGCCGUUCUUGAUGGAUCUAUUACCCUCGUGCCUUUCAAAGAAGGUGAUCCUCCGCCAUCGCUGGAGGCCAUGAUAACGUAUUCGUCACAGGAGAGCGAAGUCUCAUUCCGCGCGCAUGCAUCGCACAUCCCAAUGACAGCUUUGCACUCUCUGUUCGCCGCAGGCGAAGAGAAGACGCAUGCUAUGUCUAUUCUGGAGAGUAUUGAGCUGCAGCGCAUUGGCUUCGAAAUCACGGCUGGCAAAGGACAGGCAACUCAGGUUAAGUUCGAAGCGAACCUCAAGAUCUCCAAUAUUCUACUGGAGACAAAGUUCGAACGUAAAGGUACCAAUACUUGGAUUCUCACAGCUGGAUUGCAUAAAGAAAUAACAGCGGCUGGCCAGGCGUCUAAGGAGUUCACACUCGGUGACGCUGUGCAGAAGCUCUUGGGUCAAGAAGUCCUAGACAUCCUGCCAGGCUUUGUCACUGGAACAACGUUCAAAACAUCCAACUCUGGUGACGACAAGUUUAAUGUUGUCGUGACUCGGCUGGAUGGUGCAAAGUCACAUCUCGUGUUUGGUGCAGAGCUCAAGUUUGGCAUGCUCAAUGUUCAGUUUGCUCAGCUGGUUCCUAUCACCGGAAAGACAGAUAAACCCUCACCCAUCAAGAGAAUGAUACGCGUUUCCUUGGGACCUCUACCUUCUAUUUCAAAGCUGCCGAUUCUCGGAAACUUGGACAUACCGUUUGAUGCCCUCGAGUUCCUCUGGGUCAACACCAUGUUCACACAGGAGGAUAUCAGCACUCUGAACGGAAGCCACGAGAUGUUCCAGAAACAGCCAUUUAAGAUGAGACCUGAGGACAAAGAAUUGGCUGAAGGUUUCCACUUCCGUCUUGUCGGUAGCCAGGGCGUCUUCCUCGACCACGUCUUUGGCCAGGACAAGAAGGAGAAGAAGAAGACAACCCCAGCAGGUGCAGUCACUCCUGGCUCCAAGGCCACCCCUGCUCCAGUCGAGGAGAAGAAGCCAUCCACAGAAGCAACUACACCCAGUGGUGGCGCGCCGGCGACCACUGCUGCGCUUGCGAAGAAGAAGGGGCCUCUCACUCUCUCGGGUAUCUCGUUGUCUUACGAGGGAGGCGUCUUGCGCAUCCAUCUUGAUGCCAGUGUUCUCAUCGGACCCAUAAGUGCUGGUAUCCAGGGCCUCAAUCUUGUCGUUAGACUCGACUCCAAACAGAUCCACGGUCUUCACGACAUCCUUCAUGUCCCAAUUGAUGUAGAGAUCGAGGGAUUUGACAUGUCGUUCAGUCGCAUGCCCAUUCAGAUCGCAGGUGCUUUUCACCACAAGCCCGGCACCAAAGCGUACUUUGGAGGUGUUGCUAUCUCAUUGAGCACCUUUUCUAUCGCGGCCCUUGGCUCCUAUGAGCAAGUUCCAGCCAACGCCGCAACAGGUACACCAGAAUACGAUUCCUUCUUCAUAUAUGCUAUGAUGGAAGGACUCAUUUUCACGAUGGGUUGGGCAGAGGUUCGUGGUCUUAUGGCUGGCUUUGGAUACAACUCCCGUCUCCGGCUACCUGCCGUGGAGCAAUUGUCCACAUUCCCACUCAUCCAGGGUUUCGAACAACAAGGAGGCUUCAACAUGAACCAGGCUAUCAAGUCGCUGACGGGCCCUGAUGCUUUCGUGACACCUAGUAUGGGCUCCAUUUGGUUGGCACUCGGUCUUGUCAUUCGAGCUUGCGAGGCUAUCGAUAUGCGUGCUGUUGCAACAGUGGCUCUUGGGCCCAACCAGACCGACAUUGGCUUGAUUGCUCGUGCAACAGCUACUCUUCCUCGACGUGCUAGUCCUGAUAAAGCUCUUGUCCUCAUUGAUCUAUCUGUGGUUGGCAAGCUCGACCUUGUCAAUGGCGAACUCUCAGUGGACGGCCUUAUCAAUCCCACCUCCUUCAUCCUCAACAAGGAUUGCCGUCCCUCCGGUGGAUUUGCCAUCAGAAGUUGGUUUGGCAAGAAUAACCCACAUUCAGGCGACUGGGUCGUCAGUUUUGGUGGUUAUCAUCCUAUGUACCAAGUCCCGGCGCAUUACCCUCGUCCACAGCGAUUGGGUAUCUCGUGGACGCUCAGUUCAAACCUCAGAGUCACUGGUAAUGCAUACGCAGCCAUUACACCAGGAGCUGUUAUGGCAGGAGGAAUGCUUCAGGCUGUCUUCUCUGCUGGCCCUCUAGGUGCUCAUUUUGAUGCGCACGCUGACUUCCUCGUCACCCUCAAGCCUUUGCACUACAUGGCUGAUAUGGCAGUAUCUGCAGGCGUGUAUUACGAGAUCAGGGUCUGGCGCUUCAGGAAGAAGAUCUCUGUCAACGUUGGAGCUUCUCUACACCUUGAAGGACCACCAAUCCACGGCAGUGUGCACUUUGAUCUGUCGGUUGUAAGCUUUACUGUCAGCUUUGGCUCUGGAUCGUCCGAGGGCAAGAGGGCAAUCAGCCUACGUGAGCUCAUGGAUCUCGUGCUACAGGAAGGAGGUGAUAGACGGGACAACAACAACGCUAUUGUGAAUCCUCACACGUUCACAGCUGUGUCUGGUCUUCUUGGAGAUGACAAGAAGAAGAGUGACACUGUCAGCAAAACUUCGGGCAAUAAGGUGGCUUCUGACAAGGAGCGUUGGCAGGUCCGCAGCGACAACUUCAUAUUUUCAGUUCGAAGUGCGGUACCAACGAACUCCAUUGGGGUUGAGGGCCGUCCUGGUACUCAGUACAGUGGCAAUUCUAUUAUCAGCAGACCCAUGCAGAUGAAGAAAGACACAGGUGACUCUUCAAAGAUCAAAUCAACGCUGGGCGUCAAAGUUCGGAACGUCAAGGAAGAUAAGAUCGUUCCUUUCCGCGAAGUAGCCAAGGUUGAAGAUCAACUACCAGCCAACUACUGGGGUCCUUACUCUGAGAACACAGCGGACUACAUGAGACCUGAUAAAAUGCCUCCAACAGUCUCUCAUCUCGUUGGUGCGACUCUGAUACCACCACCACCCGCUGCCCCUGAGCAGUCCAUUCCCGUGUUCAAGUCCAUGCCACAAAACCACGAUGCCCCGCCAUGGAGACCUGAAAAGGUCAAGAAGUCCGUUCGCUAUCUCGACCACACAAAUGCUAGAGACAGCGUUAAGUGGUCUCGCGUCAAGGGGGCUAUGGGCAUGGAACCCGAGGCAAAGAGGGAGAAGCCUCCUAUGGACACAAUCUUACUGACAGAAGCCGGAGAGGCAAGAGAGGCUGCUGCUCCUAAGCCCCCAUUGACCAAGCCAUACCGUCAAGGUAUCCUCAAUAGCUUCAUCAGCUUGGCCCAUGGUGGCACAGACGCGGAGAGCCUCAAGGUGCAGAAAGCCUACAAGGGGAUUGGUGAUAAUGUACCCGAUGUCAUCUUGAACGAUCCUCAGCGCUUUUACAUUGGUCCUCCAACAGUGUUCUGCAACUAA